AUGGCCGAGGAACCACAGCGCAACGAGUCGCAGUCAAAUGGGCAUGCCACUGCCGUUGCGACAGAGCCCGCGAAGCCGCUGCCGCCAGGCGUCGUCCUCGGGCCCGGUGGCAAGCCUUGCCGUGCAUGCUCAAGCAAGACCGCCUUCUCCGCCCUGGCCAAGUCCAUGAAGGCACCGGCCUCAACCGCAUCAACCACACCAUCCAAGACGAGCACAGUCACCACCGCCCCGCCGACCGACUGCCCAGCCGACGUCGAGACCCUUGGACGGAGCACAUGGACACUCCUCCACUCGAUAGCCGCCACGUACCCUACCGCCCCCAGCUCGUCCCAGCAGAACGACCUGGUCAGCUUCGUCCGGCUCUUCUCCCGCCUGUACCCGUGUUGGGUCUGCGCCGACGACUUCCAGGGCUACAUAGAGAAAGACCCCGUCAAGGCCGGCAGCCGCGGCGAGUUUGGUAAAUGGCUGUGCGACGCCCACAACGACGUCAACAAGAAGCUGGGCAAGCCCGUCUUCGACUGCUCCAAGUGGGAGGAGCGAUGGCGCACGGGUUGGAAGGACGGGAGAUGCGACUGA